UUUUGAUUUAUUAGUAAAAAUAGCAAGAAACUUUGAGAAUAAAAUAAUUGCCGUAAAUUAAUUUCAAUUUUACAGACAUCCCAGACUGUAUUAAAGAGUGAAUACAGUUGACACAAAUUAUUCUGAGGAAUUAAUUUCUCUUCAAAUAAGCGAUGUUUUUGUGGACCACCUUGUGAAUAUUGACUUUUGUACUUUUGAUUCCGUUUUUAUCACUUGUUGAUGUGGAAUCGUUUAUGAUUUCCAUUUAACUUUUUAUUUCAUUAUCACAAAACAGAUAACUGUCAUAUCACUUCAAUAGUGAGUUGCAUAUUGUAAUAAACAUAACAGGUCCGACGUAUUUUUCCAAACACAAAUGGCUUUAUCAAAACCAGUGAUCAGUGCCUUGAGCUUUUACUUCGGUCAACUUUUUGAACAUCCAGUAAGGACAAAAGCCAUUACAUGGUAAGCAGAAAAUAUUUGAUAACUAUUAGCUUGAGUAUUUAAUGUUACCUACUCAGGGGUAAAAGAGUAACAGCCCAGGGUGUCAGGAUGCGAAUGGUGGCUCAAGCCACCUCAAUCACAAGUUUUUGUUUGUUAAUGGGGCGGCAAACCUUAAGAGGCCCAGGGCAUUGAAUCUUAAAAUGCACUACUGUACCUACUAUAUUUCGCACUUCAAAAGUCACUAUUAUAGUCAGACCCCACAGUAGGAUCUCAGGUCAGUGUAUUUAUGUAUUUUCAUAAGUUUUGAUUUUUUAAAUCUAUAAACAGUCUAAGGAUGGUUGACAGUAUAGAAAUUUUUAAGAGAAUUUAUUAAUCACCUUUAGGUCAAAAGACAACUUUUUACUUCCCACGCCUGUUGGCGAGGAAGUAUUUUGAUUGAAAAAAUUUUGAAUACACCUUGACUUUGCAUAUUUAAAAUCACAGUCUGUCUGCUAAUCCUUGGCCUCUCUACAAGUCAGAAAAGAAAGCGCUACCCAAAUUUUGAUGUAAUGUUGACACAUAACUACUGUGCGAAGGACAAAAAAGUCUACGAAAAUUUCACACAAAGAUUUUCCCAGAAGGAAGCAAUUUUUGAUGCCAUAAUAGCCACAACAGGAAACUUAGCAUCUCAAAAAAUAAGUGGCAGCAAAGCAUUAGACUUUCACAGUCUUCUAGCAUAUGGAAUAUAUGGACUUGUAGUAGGAGGUACCAUUCCCCACUAUUUCUACAACUUCUUAGACUGGGCAGUACCUGAAGAUGCAUCAUUUCCCAUUGCCAAAAAACUGCUAGUAGAACGUUUGGUAUAUUCACCACUGUACCAAGCAUUCACAUUGUAUGCAUUGGCUAGGUUAGAAGGUAAGGACCAUGAUGGGGCCCUAGAACAGCUGCGUCAUCUUUAUUUGCCAGUGCUCACCACCAGUUGGAAGUACCUUACUAUUAUUCAUCUGAUCAAUUUGAGUUUUGUGCCACCUAUGUUGCGCGUUUUAAUCAUUAACCUGAUGGGAUUCUUCUGGACGAUCUACAUAGCAAACCAAAGAAGACAACAGAAGGAAAAAGAAGGAAAGAAAAAAUAAAUUGUGUAAUACCAUCAUUAUUUUUAGGCUCAUGUAUUUUUAAGGAUCCUGCCAGUUGGUUGUUUGGGGAUUUGUGAUGGAACCAUAUCGUUGUUAGCGAAUUUAUAUAUUUAUACUGUUGGUAUAUAGUUUUAUGAGAUCUUGAACGAAAUGUAUGUCUUCUAAUAAAAGUAAGUAUUGGAAGAA